GCCGUAUUUCCUAUAUAAAGGUCAUGCCUGGGUGGUUUGGCUACUGUCCUGGUCCAGACCUCUCUAUCAUCAUCACCAGUUCACCACCCAGCUAAUUACCUCUGGUUCUGCUUGCUCGGCUUUGAUUAUAUUCGUUUACCAUUAUCAUCUGCUCUAAAUCUAAUUGCCGACCUACACCAUGUCUCACACGACGUCAACUGAACCCCUUGCUCUCGCUAAGCAAGAGUGGAUGAAAAUCUUCAAUGGCGGUCCCUAUACUGGGUUGUUGAUGCUAGAACACCUCCUCAAUGCGGCUACAAAAACGCACGAGCAAUUCCUCACUGACCCCAAGAAUUCCAUCAAGAAGGCUACGUUGGAUCACGUCACUGGGUCCGACCUUCAGAGAUUGGGUUCUACCUGGAACACCUACGCGGGUCGCUGUACGUCGUUUGCGGUGAAGGGAAUCAGCGAGCUGAACGCCCACAGUGGCGCAGGGGGCGUCCCGAUAUUCAACUUUGAAAUCUACGACCUCUCCCGGCAUCGAGUUGCGAGGUGCAGAAACACGGGCAUCGUCCUCGAUUCCAGCUCCACCAUCACUGGCGGGGCGUUUGCACUGCCUGAAGGAGCCUGGGCAAGGUUUCCAGAAACAAAUGCAAGCUGGAAGUUCAAGAGCUCCGAGUCCAAGUUUGAGAGGGACGGAAACGUGGAAGGUAAAAUCAAACACUCGUCGUCGCCUAUCACGCCCGCAGAAGCUAUGAUUAUCUGCCUGAAGGAGGUCGAAGAGUCCGCGGCCAAGUCAGUCCCCACUUUGUUCCGGUCCGCCUCCAGCCAAAGCCAGCCCGUAUUCCAUGGCAUCAUUGUGUGGUGCCCCAAGGACCACGCUCUCGAGCUGGGAGCCAGCACCGGUGACUGGAGAGACGGGAAGAAAAUGGUUAUCCAGUUUCCGAAGUACAUAGGUAACCCACAGGUCCUGGAUGCGACCAUGGUGGGCACCCAGGAUGAACUGCAGGAGUGCCUCCAGCAGUUGUUGCAGUUUAUCCACGAUUAUGGCGGGCCCCACGGCCAGGAGCAGUGGGAAACUGUCUCAACGGUCAACACGGCCCUGAUCCAGGCUGCCGUCAAUCACUGGGGCAUGCCCAAGCUGAGGCAUCUCCCUUGAGCCCCCCAUAGCCGAGCUAUCCAGGGUCUGCUCUGGAUGACACAAAG